AUGACGAUUUCACACAAUGGCUUCCCACGCAUCCGCGUUGCCCUCAUCGGCCUGUCCAAAUCGGCUGCCACGUCCUGGGCCGCCGCCGCCCAUCUUCCCUACCUACAGUCACCGCGAGGAAAGGCCAAGUACGAAAUCGUGGCCCUGCUCAACUCGUCCGUCGAGAAAGCAAAGGCCGCCAUUUCCGCAUUCGGCCUGGCGCCCGAGACCCGCGCGUACGGCGACCCCAAAGAUCUCGCCGCCGAUCCGGACGUCGACCUCGUCGUCGUCAACACCCGCGUCGACAGCCACUACGCAACCGCCCGCCCGAGCCUGGAAGCCGCCAAGGCUGUGUUUUCCGAGUGGCCGCUGGCGCAGGACACGCAGCAUGCGCGGGACCUAGUCGACGUGGCGCGGCGCACGGGGGCCCGGACGCUGAUCGGUACGCAGGGGAGACUAGCGCCGUUUAGCGUCAAGAUCAAGGAACUUCUGGAACAGGGCCGCAUUGGGAGGGUGCUGGGUACCGAAGUCACGGCGUCUGGUGGAGUCAACGACCGAAGUUUCCUACCCGACUUCCUAGCAUACUUUGUUGAUAGGAAGAUUGGUGGCAAUAUUCUGACUAUCGGAUUUGGUCACGUCUACGACACCUUGCAAGAUGCGAUCGGCGAACUGACAGAGGUGCAAUCCACCGUGCAGCUCCGGCGCCCUACCGUCGAGAUCCGAGAUCCCGGAACGGGUAAAACUAUCAACACAGUGACAUCCGACGUCCCGGACUACAUCGUCGUCACCGGCGUACUCGAGGAGUCCAAAGUCACCCGCGCAGGCGCAACUGCUCUCCUGCGAUUCCGCCGCGGCCAGCCGGGAGAUCAGGGUCGUUUCCCGGGAAGCACGGCGAUCCAAGCCAACGCGUUUGACGCGCCGGUGCCCAUCGAGGUCCACGAUUUCGAGACGGACAAGGUCGACAAGGUGGAGUGGGCGUGGGCGGAUUGGCAGGCCGAGCUGCCCGUCGCGGCGAGGAACGUGGCCAGCCUUCGGCCAGGCCAAGGUGUAAACCAGAAUCAACCCAAUGUGCCCAAGUUCACCAGCAACCUGUGCCUCCGCCAGGCUUCCCCUCCGAAUCGACAAGAUGAAGCUAUCCCUCGCCAUCUGCGGCAUCCUCGCCUCCGUGGCGUGGGCCUCCCCGCCAAGCUAGACAUCCGCCAGUCCACCAGCUACAGCGACUACCUAUUCGUGUACUUCACGGGCGAGGGCAAAGCCGACGGCGAGCAAAUCUACAUGUCGGUCUCGAACAACAACAACCCCGGCUCGUGGACGCAGCUCAACGGCGGGCAAAAAGUGCUCACCUCGACGGUGGGCACGGCCGGGGUGCGGGAUCCGUCCAUCAUCCGGAGCACGGACGGCAAGAAGUUUUGGAUCGUCGCGACCGACUUGCGCGUCUACCCGCAGGGCUGGGGCGUCGACUACACCAAGAACGGGUCCAAGGGCAUCGUGGUGUGGGAGUCGACCAACUUGAGGGACUGGGAUGGGCCGUACUUGCGGAACGUGAGCCCUUCGAACGCGGGUAUGACGUGGGCGCCCGAUGCCAUCUACGACCCGGCGACGGGGAAAUACCUCGUGUUCUGGACCACGUCUCUCGCCGGCGACGGCUGGUACAUCAUGAAAUCGUACACAUCCGACUUCAAGACCUUUUCCACCGCCGAAAAGUUCCUCGCCGGCGCCGGCAUGGACGCCACCAUCGCGCUCGACAAGUCCACCAACAUGUUUUACCGCAUCAGCAAGAACGGUCCCGGCGAGCUCAUCGAGGAGGCCAAGGCGACGAGCCUAAGCGGGCAGUGGACGGUGGUGAAGCAGCAGAUUGGCGCGGGGCUCCCUGCCGGCGAAGGGCCCUUGAUCUUCCAGAAUAAUGCGAACCCGUCCAAGUGGCAUCUCUUCAUCGACGACUAUACCCGCGGCAAAGGUUACGCCCCUUAUGAAACGACGAACAUUGCUUCCGGAAAUUGGGUUGCGUCUUCAGGAUACACGCUUCCUCCAGGCAACCGACACGGCUACGUGAUUGGAAUGUGCGUGCGGGUCCGGUACGGGGACUACCACUACGGCGGCUCCACAGCCGACCAACACGGCCAGCUGCGCGGCGAUGUGGGGCCAGUGCGUACCCUCGCCAAGUAG